AUGUUGCCAAGCAUUGUCUUGGAGUCUCUGAACGCAGUGGUUUCUGCCUUCAGUGCCGAGUCAAACGUCACAUGGUUGUUCUCGUCGUGGUCCACCAGGUCGCCCGUGAAGAUCGCAAACUCCACGCCCAGAUUCAGCUUCUUGUCGUACUUCAUGGCAGCACGCAGCGAGCUGUUGAUCAGCAGCUCCGGAGCGUCGCACUUAGGGUUUGGUUCCGUUCCAAAGGUGCGAGGCAUCGAUCUUUGGUGGUUCGACGAAGUCACACUGGUCCUCCAUGUAGUAGCAGUAGUACUCGCCGUCGUAGGUUGUCGGGUCCAUCAGCGAAACCAUAUCGGCGAAAUUAGAGCCCAUAUUAUUUCUUUCAACAGUAUUUCUGCCAAAAUGGUGGCCGCAGUCGUCCGAGUUGUACAGCCCGGUAUCUGUGCACCACUGGGUGAACACGUUGGGAACGAGGUCGAUCCGCUUCUGGGCCAGCUUCUUGCCGUAGCUGAGACGCUCUUUGCACUUGUCACAGUGGCUCAGUGUCGAGUUGCUGCUGAUUUUCUUCAAAUCGGCCACACUUUGCUUGAUCAGAUCCUGGUCGCUAGAACUCAACGAGCUCUGAGCUGGGGCAACCGCUGCAGUGCUCAGAGUGUACUCCUGGACCACCUGGCUAGCAUAGUCUGCUUGAACAGCUCCCAAUAG